AUGGAGACUGGCAGCUCCUUCCAACAGCGGCAUGCAGCAGCCCCUCGAGCCCCCAAGCAGCAGCUCCUGGGCUGUGGCAAGGGCAGCACCAUGGGCAGUGAUCCUGGCAAAGAUCCUGGGAAAGGUGCUGGGUGCAGUGGAAGCAGCAGGAUCGGGAAGGGGCCAGUGCCAAUGGUCUGCAGCACUCCGUGUGGGAACCCCUAUGCGGGGCUGGUGAGCCACCUGCGGGCAUCCUGGCUCUCUGGGAAGACUCGGCCCAUGGAAUAUCGCGUGGCACAGCUGGAGGCUCUGGGACGCUUCCUGGAUGACAAGAAGCAGGAGAUUCUGGAAGCCACUGAAUUGGAUAUGGGCAAGCCAUCCUUCGAGGCUUUCUUCAGUGAGAUCCUCCUCUGCAAGAAUGAGCUCAAUGUCACCCUCAACAACCUGUGCAACUGGAUGAAGGAUGAGCACGUGGACAAGAACCUGGUGAUGCAGCUGGACUCUGCCUUCAUCCGCAAGGACCCCUAUGGGGUGGUGCUCAUCAUAGCACCCUGGAAUUACCCCAUCCACCUCUUCCUGGUGCCCCUCAUCGGGGCCAUCGCUGCUGGGAACUGUGCCAUCAUCAAACCCUCAGAGAUCUCCAAGAACACAGAGAGACUUGUUGCUGAAACGCUGAGCUGUUACCUGGACAGUGACUGCUUUGCUGUAGUGACCGGCGGCGUGCCAGAGACCACCAGGCUGCUGGAGAACAAGUUUGACUACAUCUUCUUCACUGGCAGCCCCCCAGUGGGGCGGAUCGUGAUGACAGCUGCUGCCAAGCACCUGACACCGGUGACACUGGAGCUGGGGGGCAAGAACCCCUGCUAUGUGUCUGACACCUGUGAUGUGACCAACGUGGCGCGGCGCGUGGCCUGGGGCCGCUUCUUCAAUGCGGGGCAGACCUGCAUCGCGCCCGACUACCUGCUCUGCACCUUGGAGAUGCAGGAGAAGCUCAUGCCCGCCCUGCGUGAGGCCAUCACCGAGUUUUUCGGCCCCAACCCCCGAGAGUCCCCGGAUUUUGGCCGCAUUGUGAGUGACAAGCAGUUCCAGCGCCUGCGGGCGCUGCUGGGCAGCGGGCGCGUGGCCAUCGGGGGACAGACGGACGAGGCCGAGCGCUACAUCGCUCCCACAGUGCUGGCAGAUGUGCUGCCCUCAGACCCUGCCAUGCAGGAGGAGGUCUUUGGGCCCAUCCUGCCCAUCGUCGUCAUCGCCAACAUGGAUGAAGCCAUUGACUUCAUCAAUGCACGGCCACGGCCAUUGGCCCUCUACGCCUUCUCCUGCGACAGCAAGAUAGUGAACCAGGUCCUGGAGCGGACGAGCAGCGGAGGCUUCUGUGGCAACGACACCCUGAUGCAUGUGACACUGACCUCGCUGCCCUUCGGAGGCGUUGGGAACAGUGGCCUGGGAAAAUACCAUGGGAAGUUCACCUUUGACACCUUCUCCCUCCACCGUGGCUGCCUGCACCGGAACAUGGGGCUGGAGACGCUCAACACCCCGCGCUACCCCCCCUACACCCAGCAGAAGUUGGGGCUCCUCACGAGUGCCUUCGAGGUGAAGCGCAGGGGCACCUGCACCCUGCUCUGAGGCUGCCAUGCCCUGCUCUGAAGAUGCCACAGAGUCAGCGGGAAGAACUGGAACUGUCCCACUCUCCCUCUUCAUCACGCUCCCAACUUCCCCACUGCAUCCUUUGCCUCACUGGAGCAUGUCAGACAGCCAGGAUGGACAUCCUCUCCUGCACCCUUGUGGCCUCUGCUCCAAACCAUUUUCCAGGACACAGCUGAAAUGACCAAAAUCUUUUUCUUAGUCCAGACUUC